AGUACAUUACAUCCUUAUGUGUUUGUUGUACAUUACUCAUAUAUGAUUAAUUUUGUUUAAUAUAAGCAUAUGAUUGCUUAUGUGCGAUGCAUGUACUCAUUUUUCCCAAUUAGAGAGCGUUCACAAAAUGGUACUUCCCAACAGGAGACUUUCGUGAGGUCAAAACGCUGUUUACGUUUCCGGUCUUCGGAUAAUUUUGGAUUAUUUUAAAAAAUAAAUGACAAAAUAAUGUGUUUUAUAAUGUUUGCACUUGCUUUCAUUGACUCAGUGUGCUUAUAUGCGUUGUAGGUUUUGAAGUAGAUGCGCUCUGUCAAGGCUGGGCUGCAGAAAGAGUGUUUAAUCAGACCUCUGACUCGAGUUUGUGUGAAUAAACAGACUUUGUGCUGAUCGCAGUGAGUCAGAUGGACGUGUGAUCGCAGCAGAUGGUCUGAGAUGUUGGAGCAUCCUUUCUCGGCAUGGUUCUGGUUUGGAUCCACUCGUCCCGGUUUCUGUAGUGGCACCGCCCUCACGCUGCUGCUCAUUCUGCUGGUUUGGCUAUGUGGGAUUCACACAAGCCUGAGUUUGGGACCAGGAGGGGAAUUCCCUGGAUUCUAUGAUUUUAUCUUCUACGCUUUAAGUCACGAGGAGUUACUGUCUCUCUUCUACAACGUCACCCUCUUGCUGUGUCUUGGACCAUCUCAGGAGAGACGAUGGGGCACCUUGGCCUUCGUUAUCCUCUCCCUGCUCUCAACAGCACUGCUGCCUCCUAUUUACGCCCUCUUCCUCUUCGUGACUGGGGACGAAGCCAGUCGUGUUUGCGGCUUUUCGGCCACGCAGCUCGCUCUGUUCACUGCCCAGUGUCGUCAGGCCAGGCAGAGACGAGUCCUCCGCUGUUUGCCCCCGUGGUCACUGCCUUGGCUCUUCUUACUGCUAGAUUUGUUCCUGCUCCCCAGCGCUCCGGGGCUGCUGCACUUCUAUGCCAUUUGCCUGGGCCUUAACUACAGCUCUGAGUUCAUAGGAAUACUGCAGCGGAUAGAAGGUCUUGGUGUGUGUGCCUGUCUGCCAGCCUGGGCCUACGUUUCUGUCGCCCCCCACAUGUCAACCAACUAUCAGCUGCCCACCUACAUCAGCCCCACACACAGAGCUGAACCGCGCCUCGAGCCCUCUCAUUUGGGACUUGUAGCAUCUACAAGCAGGUCUCAGCUGGAGGAUCACUCUCUCCUGCAGCCAUGGAGACAUCCUGCUCCAGAGUGGCACCGCGAGCCCGUCAUGGCAACAGAUGCGCAGCUGCUGGAGGAGCAGUUGCUAAGGGCGGGGAUACUGGCGUCGCUGCAGGAUGCACCCGAGGGCACAGCAGACAAAGUGGAGGUGCCCAAGUCUUCGGUUUCCUCGCUGAGGCUGCAGCAGCUGGAGAAGAUGGGCUUCCCGACGGAGAAAGCGGUGGUGGCGCUGGCCGCCACAGGACAGCUGGACGGGGCCAUCUCCCUGCUGAUCGAGGACCAGGUUGGGGAGGAGGCUGUGGUGGUCUCAAAAGGGAAAAAGUCGCCCACCACAUAACUCAGGAAUGCUCAGAGCUUAAUCUGAUGGGCUGCUGUUCCUUCUGGCUCAUAUCUGAAGAAUAUCACAUUCAUCCCAGAUUAGAAAUAUUAUACAAAUGGCAAACGGGGGGCUAACUGGUCAUUUUAACUUAAACUGAUAAUCUGACCACAAGUUAAAAGGGGAAUUCUGCCAUAUUUUAAAGAAUUCUGCAUAAUUCAGUGGUUGACAUGUAAACAAAAUCAUUUAGAGCGCUUUGUGAGCUCCAGAAUUGGUGAAGAAAUCAAAAUUUCUUUACAGUGGUGGUGAUGGGAACCAGGGGUCACCAUGACUGCAACACAAAUACAGACAUUUUAUUUGCUAUCCAGAACCACCAGUGAACCAACACGAGUCUUCUGAGUUUAAUAUGGAAUGUUGAUGAUGGUAAAAUGGUGAUAAAUCUGGAAUAAGUUGUUGUCUUUGGGGACUAUUUUGCCUCACAACACCCUGCAUGUGUCUCUUCACUAUGCACAGAUUAAAAAAUACAUU